UCCACCAAAACGGCGUCCUCCCAAUUAAUUCGGAUUAACGAGACUUCAAAGUUUUUUGAAAGUUUUGCGUUACGAAAACCAGUGUCAACCCUAUCUAUUCCCGGGGCGGUGAAGAAUUCGAGCCGGGACAGCGGUGGAGGGGGUAGAAUGCAACAGGAAGAACCCGGGGUUGCUCUAGUGGGACAUGUCGAGUAUCCGAGGUUUAUGGACGCGGAGCGUGCCAUUGGUACGGGUGUAUACAAGGGGCCUUCUUCUGGUAGCUUAAAGCACAAACCGAAUGUGGGCUACCGCCUGGGUAGGCGCAAAGCCCUAUUCGAAAAACGGAAAAGAAUUAGUGAUUACGCUUUAGUUAUGGGUAUGUUUGGGAUUAUUGUUAUGGUCAUUGAAAAUGAACUCUCAAGUGCUGGCGUUUAUCGUAAAGACGAAUUUUACUCAAUUGCGCUCAAAACCCUGAUAUCUGUUUCGACUGUGAUUCUUUUAGGCCUCAUCGUGGCCUAUCAUGCUUUAGAAGUACAGCUUUUCAUGAUAGAUAACUGUGCCGACGAUUGGCGUAUAGCGAUGACGUGGCAGAGGAUAUGCCAAAUAACAAUGGAGUUGGUAAUAUGUGCAGUGCAUCCGAUUCCAGGACAUUACAAUUUCGUGUGGACAACGAAACUCGCGAAUAAAAAUGGCGGCAUAGGUGCAAAGUGCGUUCCAUAUGAUGUGCCCUUGUCAUUACCAAUGUUCCUUCGACUGUAUCUAAUUUGUCGGGUUAUGUUGUUGCAUAGUAAAUUAUUUACAGACGCUUCGUCGAGAAGUAUAGGUGCACUUAAUCGGAUUAAUUUUAACACUCGCUUCGUUUUAAAGACCCUAAUGACCAUUUGUCCGGGAACAGUUCUUCUAGUCUUCAUGGUCUCACUUUGGAUUAUCGCCAGUUGGACACUCCGGCAAUGUGAACGGUUUCACGAUGAGGAACACGCAAACUUGCUUAAUGCAAUGUGGCUGAUAGCAAUCACCUUCCUAAGCGUCGGCUUUGGUGAUAUCGUUCCGAACACAUACUGUGGGAGGGGCAUCGCAGUGAGCACGGGGAUCAUGGGUGCUGGAUGUACAGCCUUAUUAGUAGCAGUAGUAUCUAGAAAGUUAGAGUUAACAAGAGCGGAAAAACAUGUUCAUAAUUUUAUGAUGGACACUCAACUAACCAAACGGUUGAAAAACGCAGCAGCUAACGUUUUAAGAGAAACUUGGUUGAUAUACAAACACACAAGGCUAGUGAAACGAGUGAAUCCGGGUCGAGUUAGAACUCACCAAAGAAAAUUUUUACUCGCAAUUUAUGCAUUAAGAAAAGUUAAAAUGGACCAGCGUAAAUUAAUGGAUAACGCCAAUACCAUUACUGAUAUGGCUAAGACGCAAAAUACCGUUUAUGAAAUAGUAUCUGAUAUGAGUACAAGGCAAGAUGCUCUUGAGGACCGGUUACAACACGUGGAAGACAAACUGACUAAUUUACAAGAGCAACUAGACUUAUUGCCGGAUCUUAUAGCUUCUAGGAUACAAGCUCAGGCGGAGAAAAUGGAGCAGCGUAGAAAUUUCCUGCAUCCAGAAUCAGCAGCUGGCUUGCAGCAAGCCCGUAGUGUGCCUCCCGGUUGUCCAUGGCCUGGACCAGCUUUACCUUCUUUAGGAAAGGCCUCAACAACUUCAUCGAACGCUGCAAGUUGAUUUAAUCCAUAAUUAUCUGAUAAACUCAACGCAGUAUUUAGGUCUAUGUUAUUGAUUUUGUUUGUUGGGCACUUGGUCUAUGCCUGUUUGUGCGAGGUUUGGCCGGGGACCUUGUUUAAGUUCAUUUCCAAGGCUUCUUUAGGUACUAUAAAACUACCUUGUUGUAUGUACUAUUUUACAUAGAAAUGUAACUGUCAGAUUUAGUUUGUUUAGCAAUUGUUUCUUAGAUGAAGCCAACAGUACCAAAUCCUGAUGAGUAGAACAGGCCUAAAUGAAGGAAUUGCAUAUUGUAACACCGAGUCUCGUAUACAACAGACAUAAGUCUUUGAGAAAAUGUAUAAAACUUAUUUGGCCGGAAUAUCUAUAGAUAAAAUUUUAAAUAUAACAAUUAUUUUAGAUAAUUAAAAUAGCAUUGCUUAUAAGUAUUAGUUAAUUAGAUGAAUUUAAAACAAAAUCCAUAAUCAAAAUAACCAGUUUUAACAUGUACUUCUAACCUUACAUUUUGGCCAGAUAAAUUUUGUAUGGAACAUAAUAUUCAUAUUACAGAAUAAACUAAAGUUUAGAGCCUUAAUAUUAUAUACAGUAUUAGAUCUAAUACAGUUUACAACCAACACGUUAAAACUAGAGUAUUAGAAAAAAUACGGAAGUCAUCGAGUUAAAAUACUAUAAUCAUAUUUUAAAACCAACAUUUUAUACUAGGUAUUAAUAUAUAUAAGACAAAUAAUCUGAAUUUAAAAAUGCAGUAUUAAGAUUAACCAAAUAUUAAAAUUAAUGUUACAUAACUCUGUUGCUGUGCCAAUCCAAAACAUUAUUUCAUUUUCUAUGGUUAAAUACCGCUUUUAAUAAGAGAAUAUGUAAUAAUUUCAUUUUAAAACAUCAUCAUCUUCCACAGUGUUUCAAUACGUUGGAUUUCAAUUUUUUAUUUGAUUCAAUUAUAAUUUACCCUUCCAUAAAUUAAUUUUGGUCUUCCACGAACCAAAUUAAUUUUUGACAUUGUAUUCACUUAUUAGAAGAGUAUUUUGCAAUGAUGGUGCUUCUAAAGACGAACUUGUGCCUAGAUGUAAAGAUGAGUACUUUAACACAAUAAUAUGUAAUGGUGAAAUGGAAUAAAAUUAAACGUAAUAGAUUUUAGGGUGUUGCAUCUAGGACAAUAGCAUCAGAGAUAACCAAAUAAAUUAUAUUACUUCAAACAUCAAAUAGGUAACAGGGUAACAUCCAUCUUCUUCAGAUUCAUGUAUCACCAACCAACUAAGACUCUUCAUAUAACCUUAAUGUAUAUAUUCAACGAAUUUGCACUAAAUAACUCUAGAAAAAUAAAACUAAGUUUUAUAUAGUUGAAAUGCUUGAAUUUUAAGUGUAGAUUAAGGUUGACACUAUGUUUUUUCUAAUCAGUCUCUUAUAUUUCUUUUUUUAACCCAAGUAAUCAAUUUCUAUUGACCCUCUCAUUUCUUUUCACAGUAAAGUUAAUUAUUUCAUUUAAUGUGAUUCUAGACAACCAACUAAAGAGGAAUUUAUUUCCAUUUAAUUCAAAUUAAAGCCCAUUCACUGAACUUCUCGAGGCAGACUCUUAAAAUUACAUUUCAUCCCUAUCUAGCACCUCCCCUUUCAACUCAAUAAUAAAAUAGUGAAAAGAAAUAUAAGAGCAAAUGUCGUAGAGCAUUGACUGAUAUGAUUAUAGUAUUUAAAUAUAUUUUAUUUACGAAAAGCACAGAUACUGUUUAUACACAAUUAAUUUUAGUAAAGAAAUGACUAAAACAAACAAGUGUUAAUUAUAUAAUUUUUUUUUGUAAUUCAUGUUUAUGUAUAGUAUGUACAGUUUAAGUUAACGUUUUUAUAUUUAAAAUAUAAUUUAUAACACACAUUUUAAUACAGAAAAAAAAAUUAUAUAAGGAUUAUGUGAGAAUAUUAUAUAGAUAGCUCUAGAAAUUCAUAAUAUUUUACAGUUAAUAAGAUUGACUGUACUUAAUAAACAUUUAUCCUGACUCCUAUGAAAAAAAAAAUCAUUAUGGCAUUUCUAAAUGCAUAGUACUUCCACAUCGUGUGAAAAAAAAAAUUAAACCAAGAAGUUACUGAAAAGUUUCUUAUCCAGAACUUUUAAUUAAUAACGCCCUAAACAGUCUAAUAAAUGUGUCAGAACAAGUUAAUAAAUAUAUAAAUUGAAUACUAAUUGGGUAAGAAUAUAAAAAAUAGAGAUAUAUUAAUAUUAUAUAGAUAUUCUAUAAUCAAUAAAACUU